UCUCCGACAGAGUGGCAGUGUUUGGGGAGUUGGCUUCCUCAGUUUCCUACAGAGCGUCUGCAUAUCAAACAGAGACAGUAUGGACGCUACAACAAGAGCACCAACAUGGUGUUUGAUUUAGACGAGCUGCUGAGUCUUGUUUUUAAAAUGUGCGAUCAGAAAAAUGGCGGAGACCACGGUGAGAUUCUAAACAGUGAUGACGUGGACGACCUGUCAGCCAGUGAUGAAUCUGAGUCUGAAGAACUACCCAGCAGUGCUCCCUUUGACCCAGAGCUGGACGUUGACGACGACGAUGAUGACGAUGGCGGGGAGGUCGCGAUUUCCGCUCCAGCUGCUGGACACAGAUCUCUGACUCCAUUCAGCCUGAGAGGAGGAAGCUCGGCUUUCUCAAACCGCAGCCACAGCAUCUUUGAAUGCCUGGACAGUGUUGCUCGGCUGGCCUCCUCCUCUGUGAGCCCGGAUAAGGUCACAGAUGGAGUGUUUGCUCGACCUCUGCCUCCUCGUUCCAGGAGGAAGACGAGCCAGCCUCAAUCCAGCUGCCCCGUCCCGGCAAAGAAGAGAGGGACCCCGGACUACCUGGUGCACCCGGAGCGCUGGACCCACUACAGUCUGGAAGAUGUGGAAGAGACCAGCGAUCGGGACAACAGGAAGGCGGCUCACAGCUUCCUGUCCAGUCUGCAGCAGAGGAAGGAGCCACAGGAAAGCCGGGGUGAUACCUCCUGUAACACGCAACAGAAGCUGAUCUUCUCCAGACCCAGCGGGCUGCCGAACGAGCAACCUGCCGAUCAGCCGUCAGCCGUCAGAGGCAAGGAGAAGGAGCCGCGCCUCAGUCACCUGGAAGAGGAGGUCGAGGAUGAGGAGGGCAGGGAGAAGGAGAUGGCUGAAGGAAGGAGAACAGACCAGAGUGUACAGAAAGCUGAGGAAGUGGCGAGCGAUGAAGAAAGAGCGACCCGGGGAGUUGUGGAUCCACCGGAGGAGAGGAAACAGGUGCAGAAAGAAAAAUAUGAGGAGAAGGAGAAGAUGGAAGAGGCUAACCCAGCCUUCACCUCCUUCAGGAAGCCUAAGCGUCUGAACUACAGGAAGAACUCCGGGGCAGAGGACAACUGAGCACAACACAGCUCUCUGACACCUCAUCACUGUCUCAAAAUAAUACCAACGGUAGAGUUUAUUAUGUAAAAACAACAACAACAACAACAACUGUUGUCUCUUGAUUUUAGUCCAGUCCAGAGUUGACCAACCUGAACCUCAUUCAGAGUAAAAAGCAAAAGCAGGGUUCUGCUGGCCUCUCUGGUUGAAAGUUUAAAGCCUGCCUUACCUCUGACCCAACCCAACAUCUCAGAUUGGAAAUCUGUUCUGCUGCACCGGUUACCACGUCCAUCAGUGAUCCACGGAUUAGUUCAUCUGUUCUGUUGUUAGCAUGGCAGCUAACUCUCGUACCACACAGUAAGGCAACAACAUGACUUGAUUUAUGUAGUUAAACAUCAUGGUUUGGCAUGAAAUAACUAGUAUGUGAUGUUAUUGAAGUUACAGAAGUAAAUGGAAUAAGUCAACGUUUAGCUCUUUGUUUGACAAAGGAAACAAACGGCGUCCUCCUAAAUCCAGUGUUUGUCCGGCCCAUCCAUCCACCCUGACCUCAUCCUUGUGCAGAAUUAUUUGUGAUACAUCAAAAAAACGUCAUUGAAAAUGCAGUUUAGUUUAAUGGGAAUUUCAUUUUUAGGAGAAAUAAUUUUGAUGGUUUCAAUCUACAACAGUAAGUAAUGGAAUCAUCAGUUGAAUCCAUAUCAGCCUGAAAGACCAACAUGAAAACUCAAUGAAAUGUGGAACAUUUGGAACAUGAAUUUAUUACAUUUUGAAAAAAGAGCAUCCUGUUUACAUGUAGCUGGUCAAACAGUGGAGGGAAAUAGAAUCAGUGUAGGAAUUUAAAACUGUUGGUGUUGAUGGUUAUUUGAUUUAUAUUUCUUGUUGCAUGUUCUGUAUUUUGGAAAGUCUCAAUUAAAAUUUUUGAUUUAUAUCAUUCA